CUGCAGCGCUGUGAGCGUCAAGGGUUGGCAGCAGCUCCAGGUGUGCAAAACCCGACCCAGGCCCUGGAGCCCUCUCAGCCCGGAAGCCCUCAGGGCAGGACGUCCCCGUGGUGGCUGCGAUUCCUGGUUCCCUUCCUGGAGGUGCAGUCAUCUGAAUCAACACGUCACCGCGCGGCAGCGGCCGCUCCCAGGGCCAGGUGAGCUGAGAGCUCCGGGUAAGAGGGGCAGAGAGCCCCUGUCCUCCCUGAGGCCAUGCUCCGAGUCGGGCUGUUGCCGUACCCCUCGCUCUCGGCGCCUCUGUUCUUUAUCCCCAGGUGGGGAUGACGACGCUCACACGUCGGGGAUGGCGUGGGGACAAAAGGACUGAGCCUGAGCAGGACGCGGCUGCGGACAGGGAGCUGCCUGACGAUGACUCUGACAACUCCAAAGCCCCCCGCCUCACGCUGAUGGAGGAGGUGCUGCUCCUGGGGCUGCAGGACAAGGAGGGCUACCCAUCCUUCUGGAACGACUGCCUGUCCCCUGGUCUGCGCGGCGGCAUCCUCAUCGAGCUGGCACUGCGGGGCCGCAUCCAUCUGGAGCCACUCACAGCCAGGAAGAAGCAGCUGCUGGACAGGAAGGUGCUGCUGAAGUCGGCUGCUCCCACUGGUGAUGUCCUUCUGGAUGAGACCCUCCGGCACAUCAAAGCCUCUGAGUCCACGGAAACGGUGCAGACCUGGAUAGAGCUGCUCACAGGCGAGACCUGGAACCCCUUCAAGCUGCAGUAUCAGCUGCGGAACGUGCGUGAGCGUGUGGCCAAGGGCCUGGUGGAGAAGGGGAUCCUCACCACGGGGAAGCAGAGCUUCCUGCUCUUCGACAUGACCACCCACCCCGUCUGUGACACCACUGAGAAGCAACGCCUGCUGAGGAAGCUGCAGGACAGCGUGUUGGAGCGCUGGACGGGGGACCUGCGCCGCAUGGACCGCAGGCUGCUGGCGCUGCUGGUGCUGGCCCACACCUCGGAUGUGCUGGAGAAGGCUUUGGGCAGCCUGGAGGACACCCAGUAUGAGAUGGCCAUGAGCAGAGCCAAGGAUGUGCUGGAGGCUGAUACGGAGCUUGAGGCAGCCCAGGGCAGAGGGACAGAGGUGAUCUGGGCUGUGCUGGCGGCCUUUAACAGGGCCUAAAUCCUAUGGUGGGCCCACGAGAGGUGGCUGAGGGCUGUGGGUCCACGCGUGGAGCUGCUCCCCUGGGAAGGGCCCUGUGCCCCUUGGGGGCUGCAUGCAGAGCCUCCUCCUCCACCCCGCUGUGUUGGAAUUGGGACCUGGUGCCUUUGUGGCUGCAGGUGCUGGGGGGAGCUCGAGGGUCUCUGUGUCAGAGAGGAAGGGAAAAGUUUACACUGUUUUUUUUUUAUCACUGUUUUGUGUUUUUUUUUCUUCUUCUCCCCCACUUUCCCUCCUGGGCAGUGUGAACGUGUUCCUUUGCAUCCUGCAGCAGUUCCCUCUGUGCUCUGCCUCCAUGGUGGCUCAGCUCCUAUUUUGCGUGGAUUUGGAGGUGGGAGAAGCGGGGGCAGCGCCAGCACUGGGCCUCGCGGCGCUUUGGGAGCAUUGCGGGGGGUGAGGACCUGGGGGGCGCUGGGAGUAAAGGGCGCUACGGGUUCUGCUGUGCUCCUUCUGCCCACCAGGGGGGGCCCGCUUCCAGAGCAGUCCCAGCGCCCAGACUGUGACCACGCCCCUCUUCCCGGACCGCUCUGCCUAUUGGUUCUUCUCACUGUCCAUCAAGCUCAGUAGCUCACACGUUCCCUUGCUUUCUCACUUCCCAUUGGUUCCGACAGCACCACGCAGAGUGGCCAAGCCCGGCCUUUUUCCCCGCCCCCCGCAGCCUCUCAUUGGUCGUGCGUGACGUCACCACG